AUGCACAGCCUGCAGGAGUUUGAAGAGGUGAAGAUCCUCCCCAAACUUACCAUCUGGGGUGAACCAAGCUCUAUGAACACCUGGGGUAUGCUGGUAACCAUAUGGUGUGAAGGCAACCUGGAGGCCCAGGAGUACAAUCUGUUUAAAGAGAAAAGCUCAACAUCUUGGGACACACAGAAGCCUCUGCAGUCCAGCAACAAGGUCAUGUUUGCCAUCACGUACAUGACAGACCAAAAUACAGGGAGAUAUCACUGCAACUAUCACAGCCCUGCUGUGUCAGAGGAUAUCGACCCCUUGGAACUGGUGCUGACAGGAUUCUAUGGAAAACCCAGCUUCUCAGUCUUGUCCAGACCUGUGGUGACCUCAGGAGAAGUGACCCUCCAGUGUGGCACAUGGCAGGAAUAUGACAGGUUCAUUCUGACUAAAGAAGGAGAACCCAAGGUCUCCUGGACCCUGGACUCUCUGAGUCAUCCAAGUAGGCAAUUACAGGCUCUGUUCGCUGUGGGCCCUGUGACUCCCAGUCACAGGGGGAUAUUCAGAUGCUUUGGCAAUUACAAGAACCAACCUCAGGUGUGGUCAGCACCCAGCGAUCCCCUGGUGCUCCUGGUAUCAGGUGAGAUGUCCAGAAAGCCAUUCAUCUUGAGCAAACACGGCCCUAUCUUUGCCCCUGGAGGGACCUUGACCCUCCAAUGUCACUCUGCAUUUGGCUAUGACAGAGUUACUGUGGAAAGAGGAGGGCAUGACCUCACCCAGCAGCAUGACCAGCAGCCCCAGGCUGGGCUCUCUCAGACCAAAUUCCCGGUGAUACAUGUGAGCAGCUCACAUGGGGGCUGGUAUAGAUUGUAUGGUUUACACAGCCAGUCCAAUGAGUGUUCAGACACCAAUGAAUCCAUGGACAUCCUAAUCACAGGGGCCUGUGAGGUGGGUUAUGCCCUCUGGUCUGAGACUCUUCAUUGUCAUGCAGCCCACAGAGAGGCUGACUUCCAACAUCCUGCAGGGGCCAUGGAGCCAGCGUCCAGCUCCAUAGGACUGCAGAAGAACCCAGCUUCUGAGGUCCUGGAAGAAAACCUGUGUGAGAGGAAGAGGGACCCUGAUGCGGCUGUAAAGGACACACAGACUGAGUACCAGGUGGAGCUGAACAGUGGGGGAACACCUGAGGAAGACAUCCAGGUGGUGACCUGCAUCGAGGCUGCUGCUCCUAAGGGUCCUCAGGAAGUUAUCUAUGCCCAGCUGGCACUCAGACAGGGAAAACUGUACCUCCUUCCUCUCAGUCAGAGGAACCCAGCUGAGACCAGCGAGCUCACUGCUCUGGUGUCCACCACCCCAGGGAGACCAUGA